AAUAGUGGCCAAAUCCGAUAUUAUUAUUAUUAUUAUUUUUAAAAAAAGACCUCAUAUUUUAAUUGCAAAAAUUGGAUGACAUAAGUUUUAUAAUGUUCGUGUUCUAGAACUAUUGGCUAAAUAUAUGAAGAAUAAGAGAGGUGUAAAGACUAUCCAGUUGAUUCACAAGUGUCGCAGUUUAAAUACUCAAAUUACUUUUGCGUUUACAUUGAAUCUCUGGUUAAACUGCGUCUGGGUGAACUAUGUCUGGAUAAGCUGCGUCUGUGUGAGCUAUGUCUGGAUAAGCUACGUCUUGGUGAGCUAUGUCUGGAUAAGCUACGUCUUGGUGAGCUAUGUCUGGAUAAGCUACGUCUGGGUGAACUAUGUCUGGAUAAGCUGCGUCUGGGUGAACUAUGUCUGGAUAAGCUGCGUCUGGGUGAACUAUGUCUGGAUAAGCUGCGUCUGGGUGAGCUAUGUCUCGAUAAACUACGUCUCGAAAAUCUACGCCUGGGUGAAGUGCGUCUGGGUGAAGUGCGUCUGGGCGAACUGCGUCUGAGUGAGCUGCGUCUGAGUGAGCUAAGUCUUGGUGAACUGCGUCUUGGUGAACUGCGUCUUGGUGAGCUACGUCUGGGUGAGCUAUGUCUCGAUAAACUACGUCUGGAUGAGCUACGUCUAGAUGAGCUACGUCUAGAUGAGCUACGUCUGCGAGGUCGGCGUGGGCU